AUGGCCACCAAUGUGUCGUCGGCUAAUGUCCGUCGACCUGGAGUUGUUAACUUGAGGUCUGGAAAUAUCCAGGCCUCAUGGUCAAAGUUCAAACAAAAAUUUGAGAUUUUCCUCCUCGCUACACAGCAGGAGAAAGCAACCUCAACUGUGCGCUUCGCCCUUCUCCUUGGAGAAGCAGGUGACGAUGCACUGGAGGUGUACGAUUCUUUCAAAGAUAGGUUGGUUACCUAUAAGAAAGAUGAGGCUACUGGACUCAACGUCGUUGACCAGGACCUUAGUCGAGAUUACGAGAGCGUGCUGCGAGAGUUCGACCUCUAUGCCACUGAGAAAAAGUGUGUCAUAGGGUGUAGAGAGCUCUUCAACCACCGCAACCAAAAGGCCGGUGAACCGGUAGCCAACUGGCUAACCGACCUCCGUAAUCUUAGCAAAGACUGUGAGUACGGCUCAAUUGAAGAGUCAAUGAUUCACGAUAGACUAAUUUGGGGUACAUACGAUAAGGAACUACGGAGGACACUUCGUGCCAAGGCGGCUUUACCUCUACAUGAGCUGGUCGAAAUUAGCAAGUCUACAGAGUCCAACGCCAAAUACCCACGUACAGUGGAAAGAGUGGCUGUUGUCGACUCCGUUCAAACAGGGCCAAUGCGUGGUCGUGCUAAAAAACGAGCACACCAGCAGACACCCCAUGAGAAACCCCAGCAGCAGCGUGGAAAACAAGGUGGUGGUUCCUUCAAACAAAAUAGAAUGAAUCAAAAACCUUUGUACACGUACAGAUGCAGGAAGUGUCUCCAGGUCCAUGAGGCUGGGAAUUGCCCUGCUUGGGGACAUACUUGUAAAGUAUGUGGGAAACCAAAUCAUUUCCCUGUGGUACAUCGCCAAAAUGAAGAUGAUCAACUGCCACGGAAAAGGCAGAAGACCACUCAUAAUGAGAAGCCACAUGUGCAGAAGAUCAAUGCCCUGACAGUGCAGGACGUCGAUGAAUCCACUCUGCUCAACGGGAAGUUCACCUCCUCUGAUGACGACUCUGAUGGACAACAGGUGAAGUACGUUCAUUCUCUUACUAAAGGUUGCCAUAAAGAGUAUUUGGAGGAGCUCAGAAUCAAUGGUAAAGACUGGAUGGUCUUUAAACUUGAUUGUGGCUCCCAAGCAAAUGUUCUUCCCAUGGAUAGUUUUCAAUUCAUUAAUAGUGAUAAUGAUAUUGAAUUGUCUCCAACUAGAACUCUACUGGAAGGUUAUGAUGAGAGCAUCUGCCAACCAGAGGGUUCAGUGAUGUUGAAAGUUGAAACCAAAUAUGGGCGGAACAUGCUUGCUAAAUUUUACAUAUCUAAAAAAGGGCGUAGAGCUAUCCUAGGUAUUGAGGGUUGUGAAAUUCUGGAUCUGGUUAAACGAGUUGAACAUUCUGUAACUAUGAUUGAUUCAGUGGAAAUUAAUUCCCUUGUAUUGCCAGAUUCCAAAGCGUCAUUCCUAAAUAAAUUCAAUGAACAGUUUACGGGCCUUGGACAGUUCAAGCAGAAAGUUACCAUUUUGGUAGAUCCAACGGUACAGCCUCGAAUGUGUCCCCCAAGGAGAUAUAACUUCUCCAUCAUCAACCGGUUGAAGGAUAAGCUUGACGAACUGGAAAGGAGGGGUGCGGUUGCAAAAAUCACCACUGAAUCCCCUAAGUUUGUCAGCAACCUUGUCAUUCGGGAAAAGAGUGAUGGAGAUCUUAGAAUCUGUCUUGACCCUCAAGUGCUGAAUACUGCCAUUGUUCGCCAAACAUAUGCCAUUCCUACACAGGAAGAAUUGGCAUAUAGAGUGCGCGACAAAGCGGUAUUCACAGUGCUUGAUUUGCGGGAAGGAUUUUGGCAUGCCAGUCUAGAUGAGGAUUCUAGUCUGCUUUGCACUUUCUCCACCCCACAUGGCCUGUACAAAUUUCUAAAAAUGCCUUUUGGGUUGACAAGUGCUCCUGAAAUAUUCCAGUUUCUGGCUGAACAGGCAUUUCAAGACACAGAUGUCAUACUCUAUUUUGAUGAUUGUCUCGUGGCUGGAAAAGAUUUUGCCGAACAUGACAAAAUUCUAGCUGCAGUGAUGCAACGAGCUAAAGAGCAAAAUAUUCGGUUUAAUCCUUCCAAAAUUUAG